AUCUUUAAUGGUACGUCUGCGUCAACUUCGAACAGAAUUUAACAACUUUAAAAUCCAGCUCGCUGAACAGAUAAAUCGUAUUGAUCGUAUUGACUUACAGAUAAAUGCCACUCAAGCAGAAAUUAAAAGUUCUCAAGAAAGCAAAAUGGUAGCCAAGAAACAGAACUUAAAGGGCUAAGACAAGCAAUCAAUAAUAAAUCUUCAGAAAUCAACGCAGAAAACAGAAAACAAGAUAAAGAACUUAACGAACUAAGACAAGAAAUAGCGACAAUUAAAGCGACCUUUUGGUGUAAAGCAUCAGUUGACUGGUCGGGCGUUUGAGGACAACACUGGUAAACCGUAAACGAACAACUGAAGAUGAUUUCUGUCAGCUGGAUUUUGGUAUUUGGAUAUUUUACGUGCACAAAAAGCUUGUGCCUUAAUGAAACAGAAUAUGAGUUUUACAUGAUAAGCAACCUUGUCAAAGAUGUUGGAGAGAGGAUACAAUCUUUGAGGGAAAAUGUCAAAGAGGUCGUCGAAGCAAAGUGUCCGAAAUUGACAUGUCCUCACAGCUCAUGUGACGAUGACUGGGUAUCUUACAACGGGUCUUGCUACUUGUUUGAGGCUACUGAGACACGCAAUUUUGAAGACGCAAGAAUAUUCUGUAAGCAAAAGGCAUCUGUCAUUUUGUAUGUACAAGAUGAAGCGGAAAAUUCCUUUAUCGUUAGAACUCUUAGCCGUUUUAAAUCCACAAUUGAUUGGUUUAUGGGAUUAAAUGACAAGAGAUUUGAAGGAAAUUGGAAAUGGACAGAUACAAAUGCGCCUGCCAAUUUUAUAAAAUGGGCUCCUGGGCAACCUGAUGGUAUCACACGACAGAACUGUGUUGUAUACCAUGUGAAGAAUAACAAUCGCUGGCAUGAUACAGAAUGUGAAAGUAAAUGUUCGGUCAUUUGCAAGAAAAAUAAUAAACGAAUAAAUUGAUCUACAUACAUUCUCAAUAACAUCAAUGUGUUUCUUCGAACUAUGUCACUGAUAUAGAGCAAUGUAAGAUUAUGACAUGCACACACUUUUUACUUUUGGAUAAAGCCUCCUUUGAUACAUAAAAAACAUUUUUCAAUCUUGUUCAUGUAUCAAAAUAUUGAACGCGAUUUUAUAAUACGUUUAAGAAUGUAAAUCUAUUUACAAUCAUAAGAUAUAUAAAUGCUUUUCGUCAUGCUAUAUAUAGACUACUCUUUUAAUCCACUUUUCAGUGACUGAUAUAACAAUUAAUUAACACAUUUACAUGAGAACGUAACAUAAUAACAUACGAUUACUAAUUAUAUAUGCACUUACUUACGGAUCCAUGAAUUACCAAAGCUAGACAAAAAUAAUGUUCGCAGGUUUUUUGAAAAUCUACAUUUUAGGCUAUGUAAUAAACAGAAGUAUAUUC